AUGUUAGCCAGAAUACUUGCAAAAUCGCCAAGGUUCAUUUAUCUGAACGGCGCAAACCUCACAGUACCAGCAUUUCUGCGUCUCCUGCUCCGGAACCUCUUUAUACAAACCGCAGAAACCCCAAAUGAGAAUGCUUUGAAAUUCCUCCCAUCUAUGAAUAUUUUACCAGAAAAUGAAACAAGAGAGUUCCUUAGCGGUAGGGAAGCGGCCGCCAGUCCACUUGCAAUGAAACUUUUCACUGUUGAUGGAGUGAAAUCCAUCAUGUUGGGCUCUAACUUCAUCACUAUCGAGAAGAGUGAUGGUGAUUUCGAAUGGGCACUUCUAAAACCUGAGAUCUUCUCCAUUUUGACAGAACUGUUGACCAGUGGAAUACCAGUGAUUUCUGAGUCUUCAUCUCUUACUAAUGAUAUGGAGAUCAACGAGGACGAUGACGAGAUCGUAUCUAUGAUUAAAGAGUUGAUUUUCACCAGAAUCCGUCCUGCCAUUCAGGAUGACGGAGGAGACAUUGAAUUUGUGAACUUUGAAGAAGAUGGUGGUGUAGUUUACCUCAAGUUGAAGGGUGCAUGUCGUUCUUGUGACUCCUCGUCGGUCACUUUGAAGAACGGAAUUGAGAGCAUGUUAAAAUACUACAUUGAAGAAGUGCAAGAGGUGAGACCGGUUGACGAGCCAGACCUUGCCGAAGAGGCAGCUGUUCAGUUUGAGGAAGCCAAAAUUAUUCCAAAAAGGAGAGGCGCACCCAUUGGCAUCAGUCCCGAAUACGGAAAGUAA